AUGAAGAAGCCAUUAAAGUAUCAAGGUCAUGACGCCUAUUUGUUGGAGGAAAAACUUGCCGAUGUGUUCCAAUGCACUGUCGGAAACAUCUCCUCUGACCAGACUGUGGUGAUCAAAAUCAAUACGUCACUGAACUCAAACAUGGUGCUAAUUCUGAAUCACAUUGAUCUUAACGUAACAUGUAGGAUGACUUCAUCCAUCCUGGCAAUCGAGUCUCCUUCACAUCAUAUUUCUACUAAAGUUAUUAUUGAUGGAGAUACUAAAGUUGCAAAGAUUACAUUAGCCGAAGAUGUAACUUAUUUAGAAAAGGACUUUAUAUUGGUUGUUAAAAGUUUGGAUCUUUAUGUGCCAAGGUAUUACUCGUGGCGUUCGUCGAAUAUAACUCUACAACCGAAACCAAUUGUGUUGUGCUUACUUUGGUUCCCAAAUAAAACCUUGGUAGAAUUAAUAUUUGUUAUAGAUAGAUCAGGGUCAAUGGAAGGCGAGCCUAUUCAAAAAGCGGCCCAAACUCUUCAAUUAUUGCUUCGAUCUCUUCCAGAAUUAAUGUGGUGUCGUUUGGUUCUCGUCACGAUUCAUUGUUCCCGCAAAGUCAACUUUAUUCCGAGGUCACCCUUACUCGUGCUCUCGAUCCUGGACGCCAAUUAUGGUGACACAGAAAUAUAUGAUCCACUAAAAUGGGCGUUCGAAAAUUCUAGGUUUGACAUGCAAACAUCUGUUUUCCUUCUUACUGACGGUGAAGUUUGGAACGUUGAGACAUUGGUGGAACUUAUUCGCACCAAUGUUGAGCAAAAGAAGGAUAACCUUAGAUUGUUUUCUAUUGGAAUUGGCAAUUCUAUAUCCCAUAAUCUUGUCGAAUCUGUUGCACGUGCUGGAAAAGGCUACGCUCAGUAUGUAACCAUUAGUGAGCGCAUGGAUAAGAAAAUUAUAGGUAUGAUAAAGAAUACUAUCAAGCCUCCGGUUAAGGAUUACAAGAUUGAGGCAGAGACAAAACAAACAAUCAGCAUCUUUGGCAAAAAUCCUAGUCCCCCUCCACAGGAUCCCAUAAUUACAGAUACCAAAACUAAACAAGCACCAUUUCUUAUUCCGCCAAUUUAUUCUGGCGUUAGAUUUGUCAUUUAUUGCAUGCUAGCAAAGGGCUUUAGCCCAAAUAAGAAGAUCAUGUUAACCGCACAAUCUCCGGACGGACCUAUGAAACCUAACAUUCAUUUAAACCCAGUAAUGUCGCAAGGGUCAAAAAUUCAUACUCUUGCCGCCAGGAAACCCCUUCGAGAUCUUGAAGACAGUGCCUCCCUUUAUUCACAAGCAUCCAAAGAACAAGUGGUUUAUUUAGGAAUAACAUUUAAUUUAGCAUCGAAAUACACGAGUUUCCUUGCAAUUGAUGAAAGUGGUAAUAAGUCGGUUGGAAAGCUGUUUCAUCCUGAGAAGAGAGAAGUGCCUAUACAAGGAGCAUUUUUUUCAUCCUACAUGAGUUCGUCGCAAGCUGCUUCAUUCUACAGGAGUUUUCCGCAAACUGUUUCAUACUACGGGAGUUCGUCGCAGUCUGUUUCACCCUACAGGAGUUUUCCGCAAGUUGCUUCAUAUUCUUUCGAAAACUCCAUUGCAAGAUAUUUGUUAACAAGUAAUAGCCUGGUUGAUGAAAGUCCUCUCAUGAGAGUGUCAAGAUCUGAAAGAAAUCGAAAAUUGAUCACACGAGACCAAAGGAAGGAGAUUCACUCUAUACUCAACUUUAAAGAAUCAAAAAUCGAAGCAUUGUACGAGUUUCUCAAAUUUCAGUCCUUUAACGGUGAAUUUAAUAGUGCAGGUUUUUAUCCGUGCUUUGAUAAGAAGGAAGCUAAAGACUUUAAAGAGAUUGGCAUUGAUAACGAAAAAAUUCUGUGCACUGCAUUAGCAAUCGAAUAUUUGGAGGUUGUGAUGUUUGGGCAAUUUAAGGAUGAGUGUGAGAUGUGUUGGGAAAAAGCUAAUAAAGCACCGAGGAAAUUAGUUAAUGAAGAUGAGUUUGACGAUGUUUUGAAAAAAGUCAGAGAUUGGACUUUAAAGUGGGUAGAAACAAAUUAA